GACCCGAAUCACUUGGUUCUGGCACAAGAUAAAAACAGCUUCACUGCGGAGAGGGGCUUUUCCCCUUCGCAGGGGCCAUGGGCUGCCGGGACCCCCUGCCCGCGCUUAGAAACAGCUGAGAUCCGGGACAGCAACCUGGUGCAGUCUACUCCCCACCCCCAGAAUUCAGUCUCCUGUUUUUUCGGGUGGAGGUGGAGCCUCGGUGGUCCCUCCGCUGAACCUGGCGGGGAAAGCAAGGCUGCACACGGGCCCGCAGCCGGAGCUAACUGCACCAGGCAGGAAGGGGUUAAGGUGGCGCUCUCGCCCGCGGCCAGCUGGAAGGUCUAGUCCGAGGCUCGGAGCAGAGCUGCGAGCGCGCCGGGCGGAAUCCCGGCUGGAGCCCGGGGCGAUGGGGAGAGGGCCCAGACUCCUCCCCGCCCUGGGGCCGGCGGGAUUGGGUCGGCAGGGGGCCAGGCCGGAAGCCCGCUUCCUCCAGGCUCCCCAUCUCGCGGCUGCCAAGCCGCCUAGCAGCCAAGCAGGCUGAGCGUUUGUUCAACGCUCCCUACCGAGGAGAUGUAAGGGAUUUUCUCUUGGGGAGAAAUCAGUGGUCCAGCGCCUGCCUAGCUCAAAUGCCACCCGGCUCAGAGGGAGGUCUACGGCCCAGGGAUCCCGGAGGGAGAGUAAGUUCAGCGACUAGGCCAUCCAGCUUUCUAUACAGGCAACGUCACACCUCCUGAGGACAGCCAGGAGGACUCCGGCUUUAGCUGAGCUGUGCAUCUUACCUCCUUCCUUCCAAAGGCUCCAGACCCAAAGCGCUGCUGUUCUCAAGUCCUGCAUGCCCCUGGUCAGGCACCCCACUGCCCCUCCAGCCCAGUUCAGCUCUAGAGCUCACCUCCAGGACCUGGAGCCUGCCCUCCUGCCCAGAAUGACUCACCAUUAUUUCUAGCUCAAGUGAGAAGACGUGAUGGGGAGUUGGGCUGCCUGUUUGUGGAUCUAGGAUUCCUACAGCAUCUGAUCCACUCUGCAAGGAAGAGAGCCAAAGGUUCCUGCCUGGCCAGCCAAGAGAGGCUGCCUCUCCAGCUCUCGGAGAGCUUGCAGAGCUCUCCUGCAGGAGUGCAAGCCAAUGCUUCUGUGUUUCCUGGGGCCGUUAGCAGCACCCUGAGCCCCCUGCCACCAGGCAGCUGGAAGGCAUAGCGCCAGGCACUCCUCUCAGUCCCAAUUAUGACAGUGGCCACUGGAGACCCAGCAGAUGAGGCUGCUGCCCUCCCUGGACACCCACAGGACACCUAUGACCCAGAGGCAGACCACGAAUGCUGUGAGAGGGUGGUGAUCAACAUCUCAGGGCUGCGGUUCGAGACCCAGCUAAAGACCUUAGCCCAGUUUCCAGAGACCCUCUUAGGGGACCCUAAGAAGCGGAUGAGGUACUUUGAUCCCCUCCGAAAUGAGUACUUCUUCGAUCGCAACCGCCCUAGCUUUGAUGCCAUUCUGUACUACUACCAGUCUGGGGGCCGGCUGAGGCGACCUGUGAAUGUGCCCUUAGAUAUAUUCUCUGAAGAAAUCCGGUUUUAUGAGCUGGGAGAAGAAGCGAUGGAGAUGUUUCGGGAGGAUGAAGGCUACAUCAAGGAGGAAGAGCGUCCUCUGCCUGAAAAUGAGUUCCAGAGACAGGUGUGGCUUCUCUUUGAAUACCCAGAGAGCUCAGGACCUGCCAGGAUUAUAGCCAUUGUAUCUGUCAUGGUGAUUCUGAUCUCGAUCGUUAGCUUCUGUCUGGAAACAUUGCCCAUCUUCCGAGAUGAGAACGAAGACAUGCAUGGUGGUGGAGUGACCUUCCAUACCUACUCCAAUAGCACCAUCGGGUACCAGCAGUCCACCUCCUUCACCGACCCUUUCUUCAUUGUAGAGACUCUCUGCAUCAUCUGGUUCUCCUUCGAAUUUUUGGUGAGGUUCUUUGCCUGUCCCAGCAAAGCUGGCUUCUUCACCAACAUCAUGAACAUCAUUGACAUUGUGGCCAUCAUCCCCUACUUCAUCACUCUGGGGACAGAGUUGGCUGAGAAGCCAGAGGAUGCCCAGCAGGGCCAGCAGGCCAUGUCACUGGCCAUCCUCCGUGUCAUCCGCUUGGUAAGAGUCUUUAGGAUUUUCAAGUUGUCCAGACACUCCAAAGGUCUCCAGAUUCUAGGUCAGACCCUCAAAGCCAGCAUGAGAGAAUUGGGCCUCCUAAUAUUCUUCCUCUUCAUUGGGGUCAUUCUUUUCUCUAGUGCUGUCUACUUUGCAGAAGCCGAUGAGCGAGAUUCCCAGUUCCCCAGUAUCCCGGAUGCCUUCUGGUGGGCAGUCGUCUCCAUGACAACUGUAGGCUAUGGAGACAUGGUUCCAACUACCAUUGGGGGGAAGAUAGUGGGUUCCCUGUGUGCAAUUGCAGGUGUGUUAACCAUUGCCUUACCGGUCCCUGUCAUAGUAUCUAAUUUCAACUACUUCUACCACCGGGAGACAGAGGGAGAGGAGCAGGCCCAGUACUUGCAAGUGACAAGCUGUCCAAAGAUCCCAUCCUCCCCUGACCUAAAGAAAAGUAGAAGUGCCUCUACCAUUAGUAAGUCGGAUUACAUGGAGAUCCAGGAGGGAGUAAACAACAGUAAUGAGGACUUUAGAGAGGAAAAUUUGAAAACAGCCAACUGUACCUUGGCUAACACAAACUAUGUGAAUAUUACCAAAAUGUUAACUGAUGUCUGAUUGGAACCCAUUAACAUACUCACAGCUCAAUGGAACUAAUGCAGAUGUUGCAUAAUAGCCUGCAUUGUAGUCAGUGUGUUCUACAGUGUGCAUCUGGUUCUGCAUGGAAAGCAAUAGUCGUGCAAGUGACUCUUGACCUUUUGAUUUUUGAUUUAGAACGCAGAAUAUCUAUCACAGCUUUCAUGCAAAUCUUCAUCACCGGCUUCUGGGUUUCCAAAGAUGAGAGUCACCUAUGGAGCCAUGAUUUCAGAAAGACACAUUGAGGCCACCUCAUAUCCAACAUACACCCCACCAUAUCAGUACUCCCUCUUCUUCUUAAUUAAAUGCACACAACACCUGGGAGAUGCACUCCCCUCCUCCCACCCUGUCACCCACUCGAGCCCACCUGCCCCUACCCAGAAGAACACCAUCAUGGCUUAGCUUUAAAGUUCUGGUGAUUAUUCGAAAGGUCAUUCCCAUCUUUGCAUUGAAAAGAGCACACAGUCCUGUGUGUGUUGGAAUGACUUUCUGUGUCACAACCUGGAGUUUGUGAAUUGCAGUUGCCAAGUAGAUGCUCCGGAGGCUUGUGUUUCGUAAUGAAAAAAUGCUGCAUUCUGCUUUUUCUCUUUUGAUGUGAGGGAAACCCGGGGGAGGGACAGUUAGAGUGACCAAAUGUGAGUUGUCAAGUUUCACAUUUGUUCCCUUAGGCCUAUGGGGAGAAGGUACCAAACCAAGGGACCUCUCAGCUUCAGAUUUUACCAUUUUUGCAGGCUUCAGGGUCACCAAAAAUAUGUCUGAUUUCUUUGUCUACACUGGAGUUUGCAGACAUCUGCUUUCCUAGUGAUGUGGCCCAGCUACACUGACGCUGCAGUGAAAUUUACCAGUGAUGCGAUAGAACUGCAUGGGUGUUCAUUGCAUGAAUCUCAAUAUUUAAAACACAGGAGAUAACCUAUUUUCUUAGUAGCCUACACAGUAUUCAUAUUUAGAGUAUUAAUAGGCUUGGGAUGGCAUUGAACUAGGGGUUUUUUCCCAUCAGAAGGCAAAAGCCCUCCAUCAGGAGAAAAAAAAAAAUAGGCUAUUUGGAAUGGGGAACCAAAACUUCUGGCCCUCCAGCCCACCCAUCUCUGUUCUUUCAAUAGGAGAGCAGACCUCUGCCACGCCAGGAGAAUGAGCAGUGAAAGCAGAGUCUAAACACUCCCAUGACUGCACCUUAGGAAUUAAUCUAGUCAUGGUCGUGACUGCAUAGCUGACCAGGGCAUCAGUCCUGAGAAUAGGCAGGUCUGUGGAUCCAGUGUAUAUAAAUAUAUAUCGGGUAUCUCUCUCUCUCGUGCAUUCCUCUACCUAGCUAGCUAUAGGAAAAAAAUGCAUUUGAACAUUGUAUAAGCUUAUGCAAUAUUUUUGACACAGGGCAAUUUAUGCAUGUGUUUGACUAUGUGCACUAGAGUGUGUGUAUAUAUAUAUAUAUAUAUAUAUAUAUAUAUAUAUAUAUAUACAUAUGUGUGUAUAUGCACAUAUACACACACACACAUAUAUAUAUAUUCAUUCUCUGGAGUUCAGGUUCAGGUGUAAAUCCAUUGCUCAGUGGGUUGGUAGAAGCCCAUUGGGUUCAUUGGUCUCAUUGGUAACCCCGCUGGGCCUGGGUUUGCUACCAUUGCCUCAGAUACUCCAGUCUUCAUGGAUUCCUAGACGUUAGAAUUGUCUUUCUGCCCUCCAUGUGCUGCAGCUUCAGUUUCCCAUGGCUGAAGCUUGUCUUACUGAGUGCACAAGGGCCCUAUGGCCCUCACAGCUCCAGCUGUCCUGGGCCAGACCCACCCCAGGCCUCCUCUCUACCGUCCAUCCUGUUAUCAUCUCCAUUCUCAUCUUGUCCCACCCCAUUUGGUUUUCAGUAUCAUUUGGCUCUGCAUCCAUCACUUUCAUGAACCUGUCCCUAGAGAGCCAGUAUGGAUCCUCUGCUUUGAAACCAAGGUAUAGGACUCCUAAGAACCAAUUUCCAUUGAUUUGGACUUAAAGGGAGACUUUUCGGUAUGGAAAUUUCUAAAGUCUAGGACCAAGAGAUGUGAUCCCUAGAUGAUCUAAAAGCAUCAUUUUGAUGACCAGACUCAAAUUUUCUCCCCUUUUAACUGGAAACCAGAACUAAUUAAAAAGAGAGAGAGAGUUGGUAAAGAAUUGGCCCCCACCUUCCCAGAACAGGUAAGGAAUAAAUAAGCACUGCAUAGCCUAAAAAUAGAGAAUAGGUGGGACCUGGGAUUGGGGGCAGGGGCAGCUUUUGCCUCACCAGACUGGGUUUUUUGCCCUUUUAUAUUGUGGCUUAAAUUUCCCAAAUGUAGCAAAUCACGAUGGUCAGGCUGUCCAGUAGCUCCUACUCAGGUCUCACUGUUGGCUAGUUGGCACCUUCAGUUGUCUUGGGGGGUGGGGCACCAGCUCAGGGUGCUAGGCCCAGGGUGCUCAUUAGUUCCUGGUCACCCACAUCCCCAGGUAUCUGUGCCCAGCACAAAGCCUCUGUGCUUCUCUUCCUCUCCUUCAUGGGAGGUGGUGCUGAAUUUCAGGACAUGGGGUGGGAGGGACACAGACCUUUGGAAAAUAGAAAAUUAAAACACCCACACUUGAGACCUAGGUCAGAGGGUAGAUACCUUUCCAUAGCAUCCUUGGCUGGGGACUGUAAAAUGUUCAACACACAUACAUGCACAUCCACUCCCAAAUUGAUGAUCCUUUGUUGCCACACACAAAUAUAAAACAUGUAACAUACAUGCAAAAUACACAUGAGCCAAAUUUAUAUAAAAGGCAGGCACAGAAGAGAAUAUGAUUAUACCUAGAUAUGAAAUAUAUACACUCAGCAUGGACAUGGACUGUACACAACACAGAACGCCUACAAGAAAACUACAUACACCCAAGUACAAAUACACGACCUGUAACUCAGAUACAAAAUACACAAAACUACAUGGACAUGGUAGGUAUGCAUCAAAAAUACACAAAGGAUACUUCACUAUUAUUUAUGUACACAAGACACACACAAACUCAGAAUGUACACACAAUGCAUGUACUUACACUAAAAUACAAAAUACAGCACACAUGCCAAGAACACAACACUCUACUCAACAUACAGACAUCUACUCAGAUUCUUUGUUGUGCCCCCAUAUCUCCAAAUUAAUAGACACAAAAUAACAGUUUUAAUUACCUUUUCCUAGCUCAUAUUAGUAUUUCUCAGUAUUCUCCAAGGAGUCUUUUCCUCUAGUUGCUUUGCUCACCUGCAGAUUUCAGUCCUGAGAAGGAACCCCUGAGAUUUCAGGCAGAAAGAUGGGCUGCCACAUCAAGCAUGGGAAUCUUAUGAGAUUUCUACCUGUUCAUCUUCCUUCCACCAGCACCUUGGCGUGCAGAGUGUGGAAGACCCCAGGGUGGCCAGCAGCCUGAUUUGGACCUCCUUACCAUGACAUUUCCCUCAAAGCAAGACCACCCCAACAACCCAGGAGCUCAGGGUCCCUGCCUUCCAUCAUCCGAAAUCCCCAGAUUCAGCCCCAUUCUUUUCACAACAGUGAUGGCUCCUGGGUCCCAUCGUGAAGACAUCCUUAACACACAGACCUUUUUUCCCCUCCGUCCCCAGCAGCUUUUUUAGGGACCAGGUCAGAAAAUUGAGGCUCUAUAUAGACUUGCCUCGCAAAAUGAGCCACCCUUACUUUCCGUGGCAUUUCACUUGCUCUUGGGCACACGUCCAACAAGGGCAGUUCCUGAUUGCCUUCUAUGGGUGUUCAGUUCCAGGCCUGCUCUUCCCCUUGGCCAGGGCUCCCAGGAUGCCCUGCCUCCCAUUGAAUUUCUAUGCCUUGAGAAAAUGGCAAACCAAUUCAGUUUAAGUAAAACAUGAUUAAGGACAUAAGCCUAAGGCUAAACAAUCAAAUAAUACUUUUUUAGAGGUCCUGAUUUUUAUCUUGUUUUCUGACACCCAAUUUAAAUACCUUCUAAGCUUACCCACCAUCUUGGAUUACCUUGGAACUGGUUCUUCCAGUUAGUAGGACUGAAGGCUAAGUACAGUUUGGCAAAGACUUCACUUGCAAUGGAUUUAGGAGAAUCCAUGGGCCUGGGAUCAAGCAUCAUGGUCCCUACUUCUGCACUGUCCCAGGUGUGUGACUCACCUUUCCCUCCUAAGGAUGGUCACAGUUCCCAGUCUCCAUUGAGGACACAAUAACAGCAGGAAAUGGACACAGAGGACCUCAAUAUGUAGUUAGAGUCACUUGCUGGAACUUGUGCUUCCAAGCCAAGAAACACUUUUCCUUUUGUCUCUAUGAGGUCCCUCUGCAGGCUCAUGCUUUCAAGAAAGUUUGGGUUUUACAGAACCUGGAGAGGAAUAGGCCCAGGAAAGGUAGAGAGGUUGUCAGAAAGAGGAAGCAACUAAACUGGUCAAAUCUCAAAGUAAACUCUUAAGGAGCCAAAUUUUAAUUAAUUGAUUAAUUAAAAUCUAAUUAAGGAGCCAAAAUUUAAUUUAGUUACGCAUAUGUUUCCUAUGCUGUCUUUCUUCCUUCCUCUCUGCUUGCCUAGAUCCUGCUCAACUGGGCUUCUGAGGGUGGCACAGACAUGUCACCAGGUUAGGCUUUCAAAAGGAACCCUCGGGGAGUGCCCCUCCAGAUACCAUUGACCAAGUGUGGAAAAGGCUUCAAUUAAAGCACUGAUGGCCUGAAUCCCAGGCCUGAGUGGUCAUGUUGCUGCCCAGGUUGGGAGGGCUUUAAGACUAGCUUGUCCUACCUGCUCUCUCUGGAUUUCUCCCUCCAUUGUAGUGGACUUUGGCCAACUUCCUCAUAGUCAGCUAUGAAAUAUUAAGUGUUGAGAGAAGGCAGCACCCUCUGAAGAUCCUCAGGCUUGGAGGUCCAGUGUUGCCCACAGUCAUGGGAGGAGAGGCAGAGUCCGACCUCCCCCAAAGGAAACUAUAGGACAAUGGCAAAUUGUGUAUGUGGCAGUCAGGGAAGCACAGUACUUUGACUUGUCUACCCAGGAGAGAGGAUGGUGGUGCUGAGCUCCUGGAACCCGUUGUCAUAACAACCUGCAUGUGAGUGAUGAUCGACUGGUCUAAGAGGGCCAUGAUGUCCAGGGUGCUCCUUGGUUACACAGCGGAGGUUCUCCCAGCCUUGGGGAAGUGUCCAUUGCCAGGUUUGACCUUAACCUCAUUAGCAUCAAUAGCUACAUGAGCCAACCAGUGGGGAGGUGGAUGCUGGGAGCUGUCUCAGUAGCUAUUGUGACCAUCAUCUGUACUCUCAAAUUUGAUCCUUGUUGAGACCAACCCCAUGUCCCCAUGGAGUAGCAAGAAGGGACAGGUAGAAGUGCGGGAUCCCUUAAAAGCUGAGAUGAGUCUGUUCCUUAAAGUAAUCUAGUUCAUUUUCCUCUUCUUUCUGUUUCCCUUACCACCAAAGCUCAGUACCAUCUCUCAUAGUUUGUAUUUAAAUAUUUUUAAAGAGGAAAAGUGCAAUAAAAUCAAUAGUGACUGUUUUCUUUAGCAAUAGCUCUUUCAAAAUCUUGCUCUCAGGACUGAAAAGUGAUAGACAGUACCUGGAUUAUCAGAUAAUGCCCUUGACUUCUGGGCAUUUGUUCACAGUCUCUGUAGUUUCUUCUUCCCACAUGUUCACAUGACUUCUGUCCUAAGAUCUGACCUUCUGGAAUGGACACAUGCAGAUGUGCAGCACACACACGGAAGGCCCAUGAGUAGGCAUUCUUUGUCACUCUCUUUCCUGUGUGGCCUCUCUGUCUCUAUGUGUCUCUCUAUCCCGCUCUCCCUCUGCCUACCCCCUUCUACCCACUCCCACAUAGCAUCCUCACCACCUCCAGGCACUGAAACCUUGAGUUUGAGUGACCUCAUGCCAGCCCAUCUUGUUGACUUUGUGUCAGUCUGGCAGGGUGUAAUGGAAACCUGAAGGAAAACGCUUACCAAUAGAUGAGAAUAAAGCAUCCUGAGCCAUUACAGAAGAUCAUUUCCAUGCACUAAAAGCCAUUACUUGAUCCUUUUGCUAUCCCUCCUCUCCUCCCUAGGGAGAUGGAUACUGAAGGAAUGUGGCCCUGGAGGUUUGCACCUGGAAUUGGUAGCCUGGGCAGAUUUGGAAAUUGCCCUCUGACUCUCCUUCACAAUAAGCUGACUUGCUCAACUACAGGGACUCUAUGAGAACUAUAAAGGGAAGCAAGUUCUUGGCUUGGGUAGAAGUCCAUAGGCAUAGAAGUUUUGGGGUGGUUAGGUCAUGACAUUAGUGAGACGAAGACCCCACCGCCUACUGCAGUAAGCAACUGCACAAAUUUGCGCACAUCUCUAGGGCCUUUGGAAGAGUCCUCGUUCCUGAAACAUCUGUGAGGUUAAAUAUUCAGACUAGACAAUCCAGGGAAGGCUGGCAACCCCAGAGCCCCAUUCCAUUCCUUUUUAGUCUACCUUGUUCUAUACACAUGUGUACAGCCAAACCUCAGUUAAACAACAGGGAAAACUCAGGGAAGGGAAUGUCCUGGUUGCUUUGACAUUCUGGUUAUUUGAGUGGGAAUGGGAACACGUGUGGUUCAGCCUCUGUUAUUGAAAAGUAGUAUUUCCUAAGUAGGUUAGUAUAACCUCUCCUGCCUUAGUAAGUAGAGCAUUUGAAGAUGACAGAAGACCUUGCCUGGCUCAGGGUCAACCUUUCAAACCUCAGUGCUCAGUGUAUGGUGCACAGAAAUGGAGACAAAGUCGACCAAAGAGACAGGCUGAAUGAUGCUGGCUGUUAAGACGGACGUGGAAGUGGAUUACUGGGCACAUCCAGACUUAUCAGAUAAUGACCUUGCUGUCCCUUGCCUCUUUCUACUGAAAGUACAGAAAGAAAACAUAAUUCUUGCCAAUCAAGGUUUCGGUUGAUUGGUCCUGAGUUAUUAGAGGUUUUCCAUAUAUACAUAUGUCUGUGUGUAUAUAUAUGUAUAGUAUAUGUAUAUAUGUAUGCCAUUAUUUCAAAUAUUACACAAAUAUACAUUAACCAACCCCCUAGUUUCACUAAUGUGGAAUAAAUUUGGCAAUCUAAGGAAUGAAUCACUUUUGUUUGAAUUUUUUUAAAUGACCUUCCUUUGUAUUCUUUCCAUCUCUCCAGUUAUACUCUUUUUCUGUUUAGGCAGUUCUUUCAUAACAAAAGAACAGGCUCCAGGAUCACCUCUUUCCUUUCCCUCCCAGGUGGCCACCUGACUCAGGGAUAAAAGGGGAGUGUGAUCUAAAGGCUCGGUGCUUUUUUGCCUUUAUUUCGUCUACCCUGGUUAGUUGUAACCUCAUCACUGAGAACCUGAAAAGUUAUGCCAAACUUUGUAGACCUGGGGGAGUGGAAAGCUUGAAGAUCUGGCAAAGAACCAAUCUAUUUAACUCUCUCUGUCUUUAGUGGUGCCCUAGGUUUGAAUUGUAUGAGUUGUGAAAGUAAUAUUCAAAUGAAGCAUUAAAGAUCAUCUCUGUCCUAUGGAAGGUGAGAUUUGUGGCAAAUGAUGGAACUAAAAAAAAAAAUCCUGUUGUUCAUUCUGACCAAAUCUAGGUUGAGGGUGUGGGCAUUAGAGCAACUGUAAUCCAGGUGCCUCUUUGGGGCUGAGCUAUCCACAUCACCCGAGGUAUAGCUGGGCUUGAGUAGAUCAACCCUCCUUCCCCAUCUUGCCUGGCAGUAUGUUAGACUCACAGGGAAUCAUAUCUCUCAACCUCACCUCCUGCAUUUGACUGUGCACUCUACUUGGACAGGGAUAGUAGGGAUUCCUCCCUACUAUCUGGAGCAAUGGAAGUGGUAUAGGGUGUCUGCCAACUCCCCACACUUCCAGAAGCCCUCCAGCAUGGUCAAAUUAGCCAUGAUCAGGAAGUAGAAGCUCUUAACCCAGAUUUAGCAUGACUGACUGGUAAGCUGGGCAGUUGAUGUAGCCUGUCUGGAUGGCCCCUUCUAGACUGUAUGACCUUCAGCGUGGAAACUAAUAUAACUUCUGUGCUCCUAAAAUAGUCAGAUAUGUUCCAGAUGAGUUUGCAGCUGAGAAGUUCCUGCAUCAUUUCACUGACGGAUGCACAGGGCAGGUGUGAUUACAUAAUAAUGUGGACAGCUGCUGCAACAUCUAGAUAAUUGAGGGCAGUGUAGAUGUGGCUGUGUGCUAGGACCUUUGGUAGCUACCCAGAGGACUCGGUGCUGUGUCUCUCAGUCUUCAUGAGAGGCCUCCAAGCCCAGCCUCUCCUUGAAAAUGACUCCCUAGACACUGAUGCUUUGUUUGGAUGAGUGCAAAAACACUCCAGAUGCUGGAGAAAGCAAGAGGAGUAGCUGGGAGGAAAGGAAUAGCGAAGGGUUCACCUUCCUACCAGACAACUUCCAUGUCAGCUGCUGACAUUUCUGCCUUUUGAGCUUAUGAAGUGUAGGGCAGGUGGGGCUAGAAAGGAGCAAAUCAGCUCUAGGCUAAGAACUGCAAUUGAAAAGCAAGAGGAGAGGCCUGACUGGCUUGGGCGAGGGUUAGUCUCAGCUCCUGAGGGUUUGAACAUGCUCUGUGCUUGCCCCAGUUCUGUCUUCACGUGGGAUCCAGCGACCCAGUUUCCUUUUGUUGUCGUGCUUGGAUGGUUCCUUCAUUUGAAGGGCCCCAGGAAGCUGGAAAGUCCCAUGAUUGAGCUCCAGCCUGCUGAGAAAACAAUGCCCCAGUCAAAUUGGCCUCUUCCUUGGUUUCUGCAUCCCUGUAUCCCUCUCUCCACUGAGGGUAAUCUUGGAAUAGUCAGGAUUAAUGGUGCCAGCAAUCAAGGAGAAUUCUCUAGUUUCCAUUAGGGAUAUAACUAUAAAGCUCAUGGGUGGGGGAUGCUGUUUCCUUUUUCAGACUUGUGUGCUUAUGCUCAUAUAGGCUGUCUCUGGAGGGGUGUGUGUGUGUGUGUGUGUGUGUGUGUGUGUGUGUGUGUGUAAAAAUAUAUAUAUAUACAUAUACAUAUACAUAUAUAUGUAUAUAUGUGUAUAUAUAUAUAUAUAUAUAUAUAUAUGUGGUGGAAAUGGCCGCUCACUUAGGCUCAUGCAGCACAGACUCUAAUUAAGGUUUCCAUUGGCUUCCUCACUGCUCGUGCAUGACUCUGCAGCUGCCCUCCCGUGUCCUGUCUCUCAUAAUUGCUGAAAACUCAAAGAGGAGAGGCAGAUAAAUAAGCCUCCACGGGAUCAAUAGGAGAAGGAACUCCAAGGCUGAUGGCAAAGCUUCGUAAGGAUGAUGCCGAAAGGGAACUGGGGUCUCCAUGGUGAUAAGAGACAGGGGACCAAUGGGAGCUGAAGGCGGAGCAGGACUUGUGGGGAGGACUCAUGGGAGUUGGGAGUCAUUUAACUAUUUGUUCGCUUCAUGAAAAUUUAGACACCAGCUGUAACUGCAUUGCACAGGAUGUAUAGAUAGUAUCAUUCUUGCUGACAUAUUCUGGAAGCUUUCAGCCCCACCAACACUGCACUGCCCAGGACUUCUGCAGCUGAGGGUUCCUGUGUCAGUAGGGUCUGAUAUUUGUACAUAGGUUAUACAUAUAUGUGUAUAUAUGUGCCUCAAUGAACAUUGCCUGUCCACUGGAUCAUGGGUGUACAUAGACUUCAUAGAGCUCCACAGUCUUUUGUAAAUAUUGACACAGGUAAAUAAGUAUAUAAAUAUAUAUUAUUGAGGAUUUAUUUUAACAUCAUUCUGUGUGAAAUGAAAAAAAGAAAUAAAAUUUUUGACAGAGGUU